ACCUAUCUCUACUUAUAAUCCUCUCAUUUCUCAACAUCCUUACAACUCUCAUUUCUUGAUAGAGUAAAAAAAAAAAAAAAAAAAAAAAAAAGGAGAACCCCGGUUCAGAAAUCACAAUGGCAGCAAUUACAAACAUUGCUGAUGAUGAACAAGAAGGAAUAGUGAUUGAUGAAGAUUCAGCCUCUGUCUCUGACCAAUUCGAGCAAGAAGAAGAAGAAGAUGACGUGUCACUCUGUGAUCUUCCAGUGAAUUUGAUCAAACAGGAUAAAACCCAACCUUCCAAUCCCGAAUCUGAUCCUCACCAUGUCGCCACUGAAACCCAAGAUCAAGAAUUUGAUUUUGGUUCGUCAAUGCGUCGCGGGCCAAAUAAUUUGUUGACAGAAACAAAAAUGUGUGCUGCAGAUGAAGUGUUCUUCCAAGGCCAAAUUCUACCUCUCCGUCCCUCCGUCAGCUCCGACACCUGCUCCAACGGACUAACUAGGCAGUGUCUGUUGAGUGGUGUCGGGCUCAGAAGCAGCAGUUGCAGAAGCAGAAUUAGUCACAACUCAUCAUUCAGCAGCAGCACCAGCUCCACCACCACCGUAACAGGCAUUACUUCAAAGCCAGGAGGAACAAGACCAAUAAACCAAUUCUACACAGAGCCAAGUCCCAAACCGCAAAUCAAAAUUCCAAAUUCUCGAUUAGAAAAGGCAGGCAGCCGGCAUCAUAAGUCCUCGAUGUGGGAUUUUUUCCGGUUGGGAUUGGUGCGUGCUCCGGACAUGGAAUUGCAGGAUUUUAACAAGGUACUUCGUACCAAUAGUAGUACAAGUAGUACUCGCGCGAAUAACAACGUGAAAAAUUCCGUCAGUCGAAAUAGUAGUGUUAGUAGCACCAACAGUACAAAUUUCGUCUCCAAUUACAGCAAUGCUGCUAGUACUAUUAGUGGUUUGAAGUCAGAGAAUUCGAAACCGAGGAAGCAGAGUUUUUUUAGCAAUGUUCAUGGCUGCAAGUGCUCCAUCGAAACGAUGGCGUCUAAUAACGUGAUCAUCAAGAGCCGAUCGAGUAGCGGUAGGAGUAGUAGUACCGGUCACAUCAAUGAAGGUGGAAGUGGAAGAGCGGCAGCAGCUGAUUUGAUUACGCGUGCCGAGUCGAAAGAAAAAGUAGCGAUAGAGUUGAAGAUGACGAUGAAGAAUAAUAACAAGAAGCAGCAGCAAAGUUGUAAGCAAAAGGAAAAGCAGGCCCUUUCACAUCACAGAACAAAUGAAUGGCUAAAGCAGCUCUCGCAUGCAAACUCUCCUCCUGUGCAUGUUUAAAGUUGAUGCCGGUGGCGGUGGUGGUGGACCGGUGGUGGGGAUAGAGAUUUAAAAAGGAAAAUGAUUUAUUUACAGCUUUUUCAUUUUUCUGUACACUUUUAUUUAUUUUCGUCCAGCGUUUCUUCUUUAAUUUAUAAAUCUAAAUGUCAUAUAUAAUAGUGUCCAGAGAGAAAGAUGGGUGUGGGGAAGUCACUUUCUCUAUUGUAAAAAAAGAUUUCGUCUAGAAAGCUACAUCGAUCCAAUGUCUAGAAGGCUUUAUCUUUCUUGAAGAAAGCUUGGACUUUGGACAAACAAUUAUAGGCUCUCUAGCAUGCCUGCAACUUACUUUUUUUUUUACUAUCAUUUUGUUUUUAGCUUUUUUUGGGUUCGCUUUAAUUUGAAAUAAUGUUACAUUAGUAUA